UGUGAUUGGCUUGGGUGGUGCAAAGAGGGUUGCUGGAUCUACGCUCUAGCAACAACACAAAUGCUGAGGUGCAGUGUUAGAGAUCGUGGAGCGUGUGCUGGUUGCAGCAUUAACCCUAAGUGUAAAGGCUGACUUGGCGCAACCCUUCAGUGUAGGCCUUAUUCUUCUACUUCUACAGUGUGACUGGCGACUUCAACUCACACCACAUUGUCUACAUUUCGAUACUGGGUGAUUGUUACAGGCUUCACAAUUUGAGCUUGAUGUGUGUAUCUGAGACUGUUCCUUUACUGCCCCCAGUGGGUGUUUCUGCGGCUAGAACGGUGCACAGCUGCAUCGGAACGACGAGGACGACGGCACAGGAACUUUGAAAUCUCUUAACGGCAGCUCAGAUGCUAGUGAUGGCUGCAGCUAUGCGUGGUCUGAUAGCUCUGCCCUCACUUCAGGGCGUCACAAAGUCUUCCUCGUCUCUGGAUUCAUCAAGAUUCUGCAGACCUCUUGUCUCGUGCUCUCUUAGGCUCACCUCAACACCUGGCUUUGGAAAGGGCCGCGUUAUUUCAGUAAAAUCACGUGUAUCCCCCUUACGGGCGUCGGCGUCUUCUGCACCCCUUGGAGGCGAUGAGCCAAGUUUAAGUCUGGGAGGUGGCGGAAAUUGGACCGGACUUGGCAGAGGAGAUGGCUGUGGUGGUGGCGGUGGCGAUGGUGAGUCACACGGAAAAGGAGAAAAUGAAGAGGGUUCUCCUAGUGGAAUAUUCGGUACUCUCUGGAAAGGUUGGGAUGACAGGGUUCGAGCUGACCCUGAAUUUCCCUUCAAGGUUUUGAUGGAGCAGGUUGUUGGAGUGGGAGCAUGUGUGCUAGGUGAUAUGGCUACUAGGCCUAACUUUGGUCUGAAUGAGCUCGACUUCGUCUUCUGCACACUUGUAGUUGGUUCUAUACUAAAUUUCGCGUUGAUGUACAUGCUAGCCCCAACAUCCGCUGUUGGAGCAGUAGCCACCCGUCUUCCAGGAAUUUUCGCCAGCUGUCCAACUGGUCACAUGUUUGAGGCUGGAAACUAUUCGUUGUUCGAUCGUGCUGGUACCUUCUUGUAUAAAGGAGGGCAAUUUGCAGUGGUUGGAUUUUGUGCAGGUCUUGUGGGUACUACCAUCUCUAACACCUUAAUAAUGAUAAGGAAGAAGAUGGAUCCUGACUUCGUUGUGCAAAACAGUCCUCCGCCAACGCUCUUGAACGCUCUUACAUGGGCCCUUCACAUGGGCUUGAGCAGCAACUCCCGCUACCAAUCCUUGAACGGUCUGGAGUUUGCCCUUGCAAAUAAGCUACCUCCAUCAGUCUUCAAGACUGGCGUGUUGGUGGUUCGCGCUCUAAACAAUGUGGUUGGCGGUUCCUCAUUCGUGGCACUUGCCCGCAUUACAGGCUCUCAGAAAUCUGGCCUAUCUGCCAGUUCUCCAGUAGAAGAGGAAGUAGAUGCCGCUGAGAUGAAUUUGUUGGCAGCUGUGGACGAGACUGUUGGAACUCGUGGAUGAUGAGGUAAUUAGAUCGCAUUGCGGACUUGGAUUCCCGCCGUUGGUCUGGUUAUGGGUAGCUUGAUAUCAGCAGGUUUUCGCGAUCUGUUCAGUUUUGCUCAGUUUGAAGCUCAUCGGUUACACGAGUAAGAGAGGUAAAGUUUGACCAAGUGGCUUGAUCUGUGUUCUUCUAACUACCCAUAAGCUUCCAGCUUUCAGGUUGUGGGUCGUUUUGACUCCUCCAUACUACAUAUCAGUUACAGUAGGAUGAGGUUUUAGGUUGCCACUGUCAAUGAAGAGCCUGUUUGUGAGGUAACGGAUUAGUGCAGUUGUGCUAGAAUUCUCAAUUUCCGCAAUGUGGCUGUAAUGAUCUGGCCGUGAACUUGAGAUUAUUGUUACACUGUUGUGAUAAAUGAGAAAUGGUUAUCGAUCGGUUCGCUAGUGAUCUACUCAAGCA